UUCGGGGAGGCCAGCGCGCCCCUCUUCGGUCCAGCCUUAGUGGCAUCUCAAGCUGAGGGCAGCUGCGAUCUGUUCCCUGCCCCAAGCGCCGGGCUGCCGCUGGGCCCCGGAGGGAGGAAGGAAGCCCCAACCACCCUCUAUCCUCAUGAUUCUCCGCUGCUCCUAGGGAUCGCUGCUCCUAGGCGGGAUCUUUAUCCAUACCGACUUUCAGAGAGGGGGGCGGGGGAUUAGGCCACCGGAGGGUGACUGAGUCCCAGGCUGGUUUUUAGACUGUGACUACCCACCCGCCAUCCUCCAGGGGCGGGGGGUGGGGGAGGAAGGGGUAUUGACAAGCGUCUCCUCUCCUGGUGGGUGUUACCUGGCCCCACCGCCCUGGCUCCGCCACACCCAUCACCAUCACCGGGGAGAAGUAACAGUGUCCCCCUCUUCCAGGUGGAGAGAGCCAGCCGCUGCACAGCAAAGGAGGCACAGCCGGAACUCCCAGCAGGUGCUGUUCAGACGGACCCGUGAGGACAGAUUGCAAAGCACACACUGGGUGACAGCAGGGUGACCGGUCUGCCACGUCUCUCAUUGUUGGAUCCUGAGACAACAGGAAAAUGACUUCCCAUGACCAAAAGGCUGUCACUCACAGACCCAAGGUGGCUUCCGCCAAGAGGAUGAGCAGGUUCCUGAAGCACUUCACCAUGGUUGGGGAUGACUACCACACGUGGAAUGUCAACUACAAGAAGUGGGAGAACGAGGAGGAUGAGGAGGACAAGGAGGAGGCAGCCCCCACAGCCGCUGAGGGCGAGGGCAGCACCUCCCCUGAUGCCGAGGCUGGCCCUGUCCCCACACCCAGGCCAUCGCUGGACUUCAGGGGCAGGCUGAGGAAGCUCUUCAGCUCCCACAGGUUUCAGGUUGUCAUCAUCUGCCUGGUGAUCCUGGAUGCCCUCCUGGUGCUUGCUGAGCUCCUCCUGGACUUGAGGAUCAUUGAGCCAAAUAAGAAAGACUAUGUGGAAAAGGCGUUCCUCUACAUGAGCUUCGCCAUCCUGGUCUUCUUCGUGUGGGAGAUUUUCUUUAAAAUCUUCGUCUUCCGAUUGGAGUUCUUCCACCACAAGUUUGAAAUCCUGGACGCCAUUGUGGUGGUGGUGUCCUUUGUCCUUGACCUUGUCCUCCUGUUUAAAAAGCACCAGUUUGAAGCUCUCGGUCUGCUGAUCCUGCUACGACUCUGGCGGGUGGCCCGGAUCAUCAAUGGCAUCAUCAUCUCGGUGAAGACGCGCUCGGACCGGCAGGUCUUGCGGUUAAAGCAGAUAAACCUUCAACUGGCCACCAAGAUCCAGCACCUGGAAUUCAGCUGUUCUGAGAAGGAACGAGAAAUUGAGCGACUCAACAAGCUGUUGAAACAGAACGGACUUCUUGGGGACGUGAACUAGCCUUCCAGAAGCUCCACCCUAGAGAAGCUGGGCUGUGGCCAGAGAGCAACUGUGUGCUGCCAAGUCCAGUCCCCAUCUUUGCCUUGGCUUGUGCUCCCGGGACACUGGGGACACAUCUUCAUUGGCGCUGCCGCCUCCCUGCUGUGACCCAGAGCACCUGUCCAUGUCCUCCACCUGCAGCAAAGGAAUCAUAACUACCUUUUCUCAAGCUGGACUCUACUGUCAUUCAAAAAUGAACACGGGAGCUGGGCUUGUAAAUCCCACUUCAUGGCAGUGCUUCCCUCUAUGUGUAGAGGACCAGCACACCCCGAGGGGGCAGGAGCGGGCACCCUGCACCAGCCCCUUCCAGAGAACCUUUCUUUACCUGAUGGUCCACAGCUUCCCCUGCUGCAUCCCCUAGGGGAGCCAUCCUGGUGCCCAGUGCCGCCUCUGCAGCAUCCAGCUGUACCGUUAGCUUCAAACAGGCUCUGCCCCCACCAGCCUCUCUCAAUCACUAUACAAUUAAUGUAUAAAAUAAGCGCUCUCCUUUCCCGGGGCCCGCCUACCACAUUCUCUUCUUGGUGGCAGCCCACCAGUUAGAGAGCCAGCUCACUGCAGGGGACCCAGACUGCCUUGUAAUUAGCAUGAUCUUGGGGUACAAUCCCCUUGCGGGUGCACGGCUUUACACAGCGUCUUGCUGGUUUGUACUCUCAAAUGUUGAUGGGCAUUGUGAAGACAACUCCUGUUACAUCAGGGAUGACGCACUAGGAGGCUCUCCAUGCAAUCUCUGUUAGGCUCUGUCCCUUCCCACCUCCCGAGAGGUCACAUGGCCUGGGACCUGUUGUGCAAGUUGCUGGAACCAUCUGACCCAAUACCCUAGCCCAACAGAAUAAAGGCGGUGGAGGAAAAAGGUGGUGGAGGGGGCAGGGGCUGGCUGAAGGGGAGUACCAAGGGGAGUAACAAUAGGUUAGUGCUGCUGAGGGAAGACCUUCAGGGUGGGUACUCACUCCUCAGGGGCCACUCUCGUCACACAAAUGGGAAGAAGAAGCUGAAGGGCAGCCUGGCGUUGAUGGUGGGUGGGGCUCGGAAGCCUGCCUCCGCAGGCGCCGACACAUCCACAAAUGUCACUGUAGUGGAAAUGACAAUCGUCCUCUCGGGCCCUGGGAGGGGCUGGAAAGACAGAACAGGCAUCCUCAUCUUCUGCGAUCACCCACCGUCACUACCAGCUUGAGUCUGGCAGAUACGUGGAGUCCCUAAGGUACUACGUGGCUGAGUGCGCUAUGGAACAGGCUCCAGGCUGGUCCAGCAGUAGCAACCAUGGUUGUUCAUAAGAAUUGUGGCCAUAAAUAAAACCUAUCAAUUUUCCCUCUAAAUACAACUUAAAGAACGUUUAUGAAAUAAUUAAGUUAGGCACGAUGGUGCUUGUCUGUAACACUCAGGAGGCUGAGGCCGAGGGUCACAAGGUUGAGACCAGCCUGUGUCAGAACAUCAGAAUGCAGCAGCUCUCUAUCUCUGCUCAUGGGGGCUGUGACAUGAGGACUAACUGCUCACGUCCAACCUUGAGACCCUAUUGUACAAGAAUGGGAAAUCUGAAUAGAAAUGAUCUUUUGUACCAAAUAAUAAACUUCUGUCACACUUGCUGUCACCUGA